CAAAGUUGUACAGAUCAGAUGGCUGAGCUCUCCCUUCACCAUCUCCCCAUCAAAUCCCAAACAUUUUCUUCUGCUCUUUGAUGGGGAAGGGGGCGCCAAAAUCUCCCUUUCGUAAAAAAACAUCGGUUUAAAACCCUUGAAAAACAACAUAGAAACAUUAGUCAAUCGAAUCCCGCAAUCUCUCUCUCUCUCUCUCUCACUCUCUCUCUAUCUCUAUCUGUGUAGCGAGCGCUUGGGGACAGUGGCGAUUUAGACAUGAAUUCAGAGCAAAGCAUGGAGCACCAGAACACAGUAAAAGAAGCCCUAAACGCACUGUAUCAUCACCCGGACGAUGCCGUACGUAUGCAAGCUGAUCGAUGGUUGCAGAAUUUCCAACGGACCCUCGAUGCUUGGCAGGUUGCCGAUAAUUUACUCCAUGAUGCGACAAGCAAUCUAGAAACUUUGAUAUUUUGUUCCCAGACACUUAGAAGCAAGGUGCAACGAGAUUUUGAAGAACUGCCACCUGGAGCUUUCCACAAGUUACGAGAUUCUUUAAAUGCAUUAUUGAAAAAAUUUCAUAGAGGGCCCCCAAAAGUGAGGACUCAGCAUUGCAGUUGCUGCAUUGGCUGUACAUGUUCCUGCAGAAGACUGGGGAGAUGGUGGUAUAGUGAGUUGGCUAAGCAAUGAAAUGAAUUCUCAUGGAGAAUACAUACCAGGAUUUUUGGAGCUGCUUACAGUUUUGCCUGAGGUAAGUGUUAGUAGCAUGUGUUGGAGAG